CCUCGUUCUAUUGGUCAAAAGCCAAAACGACUGGUUACUGGCCAAGCUAAGCCAAGAAGAAUCACCUGGGAUGUCUGCCCAUGCCCAUGGAUUCAGCAGCAGUUCGAAUGGGAAUCUCCGGAUCUAUGCUCCUCCAAGUUAGAGCUUCCAAGUGGGUCACAAAUCCAUGAUGUUUUUCAUGUCAGUCUCCUCAAGCGCCAUCUAGGUCACUUGCCAGUUUCCGCUCAACUUCCUCUGGUUACUGAAGAUGCCACCCUCAUUUCCCAGCCGGAAUCUAUCCUAGCCAGCCACAUAAUCUAGCAGGGGUGCUACCGUCCCAAAGAAGAGGUGUUAGUUAAGUGGGUUGGGGCUCUAGUGGAAGAUGCUACUUGGGAAAAUCAGAGACGUCUUCUCCGGACCUAUCCUGACUUUAAUCCUUGAGGACAAGGAUUUUUGCAAGGGGGUGGGAAUGUUAUGUGUCACGCCAAGCAGCACUUGAAACAGAGAAGACAUGGAAGACAGACAGACUUACUUGCAGUGGACUUAGUCAAGCUAGUUGCAAUUAAAUAAAUUACUGCUGGGAUAAUUGCCAUGUUCUAUGUUAUUUCCUUGAUUAUCACAUUUACUUGGCUGGUGAUAAUAACCAUAUUCCAUGUUCCGCAUUUAGUUGGCUGGUGAUAACAGCCAGAUUCCAUGUUCCUUUAUUGUGGGCCGUAUUGUUGGUCAUGUCCCUAUUUUUCUGUUGCAUUCUGUUUGAUAGAGUUUAUAUAUGGAUUGUAGCAGAUGGAAUAAAGUAUCGAGCUUUUGUCCAAUUUCUCCAAUCUCCUUGUUUUCCUCCUUGUUUCUCAUCAAAAUUUUGCAAGAAUUCUUGACUAGAAAGCUUCACAAUCUUCCAUUGCCCAACAAUGCCAUCGUGGAGAUAGAUGUCUACGAUCACCAACCGUGGUUCUACGCAAGUGGUCAUAAUUAUGGAAUGGAUCAGUAUGAGACGUACUAUUUUGUGAGACGGGAGAAAAAGUCUAAAUCUAAAUCUGAAACCGCGAAGAACCCCAAACGACACCUUAAAAGCGAGGGAAAUUCCAGUUGUGGAGGAUGGUGGAAGGCCAUCACUGGUGAUAAGCCAAUCCGUAAUAAGAGAGGUCGUAUAAUUGGUUUUAAGAAGACUCUCAAGUUUUGUACCUACAAGGACCAAAAGUAUGACCGUAGGGAGUGCGUCAAAACGGAUUGGAUAAUGCAUGAAUACAAGCUGCCGCAUCCAACAUUCCAAGAAUGGGUAGUAUGCGGCAUACGGUACAAUGGGGGAAAAGGGACUGGGCAAGAAUAUGCAUCGGGAUGCCAUUUGACGUUAGACCAUGCAUCGGGACAUCGGCAAGAACGUGAGGAGGAUCAGCAGUCUCAAACACAACAGGAUUCACCAUACGAUAAAGUCUGUAAUGCUUCUUCUCAACUGAACAUGGGAUCCGAUGGGCAAUGCUGUUGGGCAAAUGCGCAAGAAUAUUUUGGGUUAAAUGAGCAAGAAUAUGCAUCGGGAUGCCAUUCGACGUUAGACCAUGCAUCGGAACAUUGGCAAGAACGUGAGGAGGAUCAGCAGUCUCAAACACAACAGGAUUCACCAUACGAUAAAGUCUGUAAUGCUUCUUCUCAACUGAACAUGGGAUCCGAUGGGCAAUGCUGUUGGGCAAAUGCGCAAGAAUAUUUUGGGUUAAAUGAGCAAGAAUAUGCAUCGGGAUGCCAUUCGACGUUAGACCAUGCAUCGGGACAUUGGCAAGAACGUGAGGAGGAUCAGCAGUCUCAAACACAACAGGAUUCACCAUACGAUAAAGUCUGUAAUGCUUCUUCUCAACUGAACAUGGGAUCCAAUGGGCAAUGCUGUUGGGCAAAUGCGCAAGAAUAUUUUGGGUUAAAUGAGCAAGAAUAUGCAUCGGGAUGCCAUUCGACGUUAGACCAUGCAUCGGGACAUUGGCAAGAACGUGAGGAGGAUCAGCAGUCUCAAACACAACAGGUUUCACCAUAUGAUAAAGUCUGUAAUGCUUCUUCUCAACUGAACAUGGGAUCGGAUGGGCAAUGCUGUUGGGAAAAUGCGCAAGAAUAUUUUGGGUUAAAUGAGCAAGAAUAUGCAUCGGGAUGCCAUUCGACGUUGGACAAUCAACAAGCCCGAGAUAGCAACAGAUCUCUCGAAUUUAUUGAUGAUCCGAGUUGGAAUGAGUUUGAGGACACGGAGGGAUCCCAAGUUCAGUUUCCUCAGAUUUCAUUCACAGAGACAGAGCUCGAAGAUGGGGGACUUUAUUUUGAUUUGUGGACUUAAUCUCCGAAGAUGAACAGAAGAGGUUCAGUUGUUAGUAAUUGAAUGUACUCUUUUCUUCUUUUGCAUAGAAUUGAAUGUACUCUUUUCUUGUUUUCUUCUUUUCUACUUUUGAUUGGAAAGCGAAAACAUUCAUUGCUGUAAGUUGUUAUCUUUGAUCUGAAUAAAACAGAGCACAAGAUGCCUCCAUUUA